AGCCGCGAGCUGUACCGGUUUAGGACAUACUAAAAGUCUGGUUCCGUAAAAUUAAAUCCCGUCGAAAAUAUACGCGUAAAUAUAUACAUGAAAUAUCGUGCAUGUCGUGAGUCGAAACGUUUGUGACAACAAUAACACUAGCAGUAGCAUGCAUGACAGGUGAAAUACAUGAAUACUACUACAUGUUGGAUUGAGCACGCACUAUACGCAGGAACGACGACCGAUACGUCAUCUUGUACGGGGCUAUAUAGUAUUUAACAUCACAACUUGGGCAGUUUCAAGGCUCUGUCUUAAAUGCUUAGCGUCAUAUCUCGAGGCUUCUACAAAGACAUGGUAUAUUGGCCGUUAAUGUCCCUCGGCAGUUGCUACGUGCUUGUCUGUAUUUCCCUGAGCUCAAGCGCCCACUCGCCAUGUCCAAGCCACACUCCCUCCUGCCGCUAAAUCUGAAUGCGGCCAAGGGAGUGGUUGAAAUCGACGAUGAUGAUGAUGCUGAGAUGCACAUUGUCCCCCUGAUGGACAUGAUCCUUCUGGCGCCUCCAGUAGAACGAGUGGAAGUACAGAGAAAGAGAACCCCACCCUUGAGGAAGAAAUGGAAGCAUGCCAUUAUGAAGGCACAGUCAGUAGCAGAUCCUUGGCUUCAAUUCCAUUUGGAGGAUUACCCUACUGAAACAGCUGUCCGUCAUCGCUACAGUGCUGGAACCAAUAAGUGGAUCAUUGAUAAUGUUAAAGUCAAGGUGGCCAAAGAGUCCUUUGCUCGUGGUGCUAUGAGACAGUGUUUCAGGCUGAAGAAGUUGUCAAAUUUUACCCGGCAAAGGAACAGUGACUGGAAGCAUGCUGGUAACUUUGUUGCCAAGAGCUACAUGGAGACAGUUGAUAGGGAGAUAUACUUUCAAGAUGUGCGUCUGCAGAUGGAUGCCAAGAUAUGGGGAGAGGAGUUCAGUCGUCACAACCCUCCCAAAAAGGUUGAUAUCGUUCAGAUGUGUGUCUUGGAGUUCAAGAAUCGGCCUGGUAAUCCUCUGUUCCAUCUGGAGAACUUCAUUGAGGGCAAGUACAUCAAAUACAACUCCAACUCGGGAUACGUCAGUGAUGAGAAACUCCGACUUACUCCACAGGCAUUCAGUCACUUCACAUUUGAGAGAUCUGGACACAAGUUGAUUGUAGUUGAUAUUCAGGGGGUUGGAGACUUGUACACAGAUCCCCAGAUCCACACAGUGAAUGGGACUGAGUACAAUGAAGGGAAUCUGGGCACCCGUGGUAUGGCUCUCUUCUUUGCUUCACACGCUUGUAAUGAGAUCUGUAGUGGGCUCAGUCUGACGCCCUUUGACCUUCACCGGAGUGAGAUAGCUGACCAUGAGAAGCUAGUGACCAGACAGCGGAGGGCAUCUACUCAUGUGAGAGGCACAGAGAACAAUGUUCUACGCCCCCGUCAUCGUCCCUCCAUCUCGCCCAUGGAUGUCACCAAGUUUGUCAUCUUGGAGCGGUCCAUCUCAGAGUGUUCCACUGAGUCCACCUCCCCUGAGUGUUCCCCAGCCCCUCUGUCUGAGAUCCCCUCCUCCCCUGAGGAUGUCAGUAUGUCACCCAGGGGAAGCAGCAGCCCCAAGAAUCACUUUUUUUCUUCGGGGCGACGCAGGGCGGUAUCUGAGGAGGAUGCACCGUCAGUCAGAUUCAGGGCCGAGUCUGAUAGUGAUACACUCAGCAGGGAAAAUGAAUUGGUCGACAAGAAAGAGGAGGAACGCAAAGCCAUGUUUAUGAACAAGACACAUAAGGCAUCCUCAGUCAAUGUGGAGAUGGCCAUGCGGGCAAGACUCAACAUGCAACGCAAGAUUGGAGGCUCUACACUUGGCCAAAUCCACUUGGACUUAGCCAAAUACCAUGAGAUUGGGCGUUUUGUGGAUAGCUUGGAGCAGCGCAAUAUGCAGGCAGCUUUCUACCACCUUCAGCAGGCAUCUCAUUGUGGCACCAUGGAAGCUAUCUUAGCUCUAGCAAGGAUCUACCUCAACUUACCUCAUGAUAUCUUAGAAGCUGUCGUCAUUGAUGACUGUGAAGAGAACAUUAACGAUGGCAUGGAUUUGAUGGAGCAGGCUGCUGAGGCUGGGGACAGACCCUCGAUGAUAUACCUAGCCAAGGCAUAUGAGUCGGGAACCAACCUAGGCACCAACAGAGAGAUCAUAUGGACUGAGGCAGUGCAUUGGUAUCAGCAGGCUAUCGCUAUGUCCAAAGAGGAUGACGAUGGAGGCUUUGAUUGUCUGAAUGAAGAUCCUAACUAUCAGCUACUGGUCAAGCAGGCUGAAAUGUACAGAACAGGAGGACAUGGACUGGAUAAGAACCCACGAAAAGCAGGUGACUUGUACAAUGAAGCAGCAGAGGGAGCAAUGGCAGGUAUGAAAGGUAGACUGGCCAACAAGUACUACAUGGUGGCAGAGGAGUGCUACGGUGAAAUGGAAGAGGAUGAAGAGGAAGAUGAUUAGACAGGUAACAGUCUGGGGACUAGUAGACUGGCUUCAACAUGUCUUGUAAUGAGACAGUCAUAUGUAUGACAGUGAGGAUGAGGAAAAUGGAAAAGAUGGAUUGGGAGAUGACUCUAACCUGAUGAAAGGUAGACUAGCUUACAAGUAAUGCAUGCUGUCUGGAAAAUGUAGAUAUUCAGAAGUCAGGUAUUUAGCCACAGAGGUAUAGUUAAUUACUCUAGUGUCUAACUUUGCAUUCAACAUGCUUUUGCAUUUGUUUGUAUAUAAAUAAGAACUGUCACCUUAACUAUUUGAGUGCUUAACUAAUUGCUUUAGACUGGAUGAAAACAAUGCUGUGGCACUAUCCCCAAACAGCCUGAGAGUCUGUGGCUUCCAGCCACCACUGGAUCCAACUUCCACCCAUUGCAGUUUAUGCUGCUGUUAACUGUCCUAUGCAAGGUCCCACAGGUGUUAACACCUGUUGCGCCUUCAUGGACAUGUAAUUAUGUCGGACUAAACAGGCGCCUCUCCAUAUGUACCUGUUUAGUCAGUAUUUUUGUCCAUUGCAUAUUUAGACCUUUUCUAAACUGCACGCCUGACUAUGCAACGGACACAAAAACAGACUGAAAAUGCGUAUGUGGAAAAGCAGCUUUAGGGCUUAGUACACACACAUGAUGCACAGGGUCAGCCAGAAUCCUAGCAUUUCCACAGCAAGAUUCAGCCACUGUUGACAGUGUUGAUCAUUCUAUACAAGCAGUCUCUCGGUUGAGAUUGAUUGGUACAAGUGCAGCGCUUGAGAUGCAUGUAUGAGGUCAACAGAAACAACAGUCCAUGUCUUACUGCUCAUCAUUUUAGUGAUGAAGUAUCUUUAAGAUUUGUGAAAUUGAUUGCUUGGAAUCUGCAGUGCCUGGAAAUUUACUGAUUAUGCCAAAUACGUAUGGCAUUUGUAUAAUAUGUAAAUAAUAUCGGAGAAGUCAAUACAUCAAUGCUGGGCAUUAACAAUUAAAUCACUUCAUCUCUGGAAUCUGUGUAAAUAUCUUAAUGGAAUUUAUUUCUGCAUUUUUUUUCUUCAUUUUUUAAUAGUUUUUUUUAUUUUUUUAUUCUUAUUUUUUUGGGGGGGGGGUGGGGGGAAUGUCAUUUUUUUGGCCUCUUGUAAAGUCUGUAAAUAUAUUUUCUAUUUCAUUGUAAUGAUCGUCUCAUCUAAUUGUUCUUAAAAUCAUUACCUUUAAUUUGUUUUUGAGUCUUCAAGUAAUACAGAAAAUAUUAAGUGGAAGCUUACUUUUGGCAUGAGAUAACAAAGAUCAGCAUUUAUAAUUUUGAAUGAAACAAGAACAUUCAAAUUAUCAUGAGCCGUCUGAGAAUAGGUCACAUGGGUAUUGAUUAGGCUUAUUUUUUUCAUAACUUCACUUUCCUUGGUACAGUUGUACAGUGUUGAAUGUUGAAUGAAGUUAAU